AUGCCGUGCUGGGCCAUCCCGCUGCUACUGCUGCUGCUGCUCCAGGGUGCCUGGGGCUGCUCAGAUCUCGUCUGCUACACUGAUUACUUCCAGACGAUCACCUGUAUCCUGGAGACGAUAACCCUCCAGACUGGCAUGCUCACCCUCACCUGGCAAGACUCAUUUGGAGAGCUGAAGGAUGAGGUCACCUCCUGCAGCCUCCACCAGGCCUCCUUCAAUGCCACACACACCAUGUAUAUGUGUCACAUGGAUGUGUUCCUCUUCAUGGCUGAUGACAUUUUCAUCGUCACCGAGACCGAUCCAUACAAUGGCAGCUCCCAGGAGUGUGGCAGCUUUGUCCUGGCCAUGUGGAUCAAGCCCUCUCCCCCUUUCAACGUGACGGUGACCUUCUCGGAACAUUACAACAUCUCCUGGUGCUCCAACAGAGCCCACGCACUCAAGGGCAAGCUGCAGUACGAGCUGCAGUACUGGAGCCAGGAAGAACCUUGGGUAAGGAAUCCCCAGAGGAAGCUGAUCUCCGUGGACGUGAGGAGCAUCUCCCUCCUGUCUGUGGAAUUCCGCCAGGGCGCCAGCUACCAGCUACAGAUGCGGGCGGGGCCCCAGCCCGAGUCGUUCUUCCAGGGGACCUGGAGUGAGUGGAGUGACCCCGUCGUCUUUGAGACCGAGUCAGAGAUAAAGGGAGAGCUUCCUUCUAGAGACAACGGGAAUAUUUACAUCAUCUUGGUGUUAAUAUCUAUUGCCCUCAUCUUAUUAUUUCUGAAGAUCAACCACCAGCCUUUGAGGAGUCAGGUAGCUCACUUGCUUCUGCCUCCCAGGCUGUGGAAGAAGGUGUUGGUGCAGGUGCCCAGCCCAGAGAAGUUCUUCCAGCCCUUGUACAUAGGCCACAGAGGAGACUUCAAGACAUGGGUCGGCACACCGUUUACUGCCUCCAGCCUAGAGCUCGGGACCUGGAGCCCAGGGGCACCGUCUACCCUGGAGAUAUGUCACCACUGCCCACCACAGAGCGUGACCGAUGGCUCAGAGCACACAGAGCUGCCGGAAACUGCGGAGCUGGCGGAAGCCGAUGGGCUGGCCGAGCCGGACGCCCAGGGCCCAGCUGCCCCCAGGGCAGGCAGCGUGAGUGGCUCAGCUGCCAGCCAGGAGCGGCCGUACGGCCUGGUGUCCAUCGACACGGUGACUGUGGUGGGCGCUGAGGAGGCCUGCGUGUGGCCCUGUGCCUGUAGGGAUGAUGGUUACCCAGCCCUGAACUUGGACACCAGCCUGGAGCCUGGCCCAGACACGGAGGACCCUCUCCUGGGCUCAGGAGCCACAGUCCUGUCCUAUGGGUGUGUCUCCUCAGGCGGCCCUGCCGUGUUGGGGGGCCACCUGGGCAGCCUUCUCAGCAGGCUAAAGAUGCCCCUUGCAGAGGAGGCCGGCUGGACCCCGAGCCCGCCCUGGCCUGAACGGCUGACCCCGGGGGUGUCUGACAGUGAGGCAGGCUCGCCCCUGGCCGGCAUGGACAUGGACACGUUUGACAGCGGCUUUGCGGACUCUGACUGUGGCAGCCCCGUGGAGCGUGACUUCACCGGCCCCAGGGACGAAGGGCCCCCCAGGAGCUACCUCCGCCAGUGGGUGGUCAAGGCCCCUCCCGCUUCGGGACGGGGGCCCCAGGCCAGCGAGUGAGGCCGACUGGCCCCCCAGCUUGGCUGUGUGAGCCACACGGCCACCUGGCCCAAGCAAACCACGCUCCCUUGGUCUCUGGGCAGCGCCCGAGUCCCGGUCCUCCCACGAGCCACAUGUGCACGAGCCUGCUUGAGCGUCCUGUGUGCACACAGCGUGACUGUGCACAUGUGACAGUGGCUCCCACGUUCCUGCACACGGUGGCCACGAGCCCUGGUGGAGAGGCCGAGACCAGGCCGCUGGGGGACCCCGAGCCGGCCCUCCAGGGCCUCCGAGUCUGCACUUAACUGAGGAGGUGUGAGCCUGUUCCUAGCGCAUGUAAACCCGUGUUACCCCCGAAAACAUUACAUGUCU